AUGCCGCCAUCUCUCCUGUUCUGGACUGUGGCCUGUGCCACGUUGCUCUCUGCCGACGCCGCGCUCUCUGUCGAGAAUGGCGCACGUGCUCUGCAAGUCGACCCGCGCGCCUCGUGGCCGGCUCUCACCAUCGUUGUCACUGCGGCGGACGCCAGCCUUGGGUCCUCUUACGUGAUGUCGGCGAAACCAAUAGUCGAGCGCGACAAUAACAGGGUGCUCUACGAUGUCAGCGCCACCUUCGACUCCGGGAAUGGCAACAAAAGUCCUUUUUCCUCGUACACUGCGAGUGGUGGCACUGUCUUCAUGAACUACACCGACGCCGGACAGGACCCCCUAUGUCUAAACUCGGAAACAGGCGGAUACCCGAUCCUGCCGAUUAAUGCGGUUGUCAGAGCAAUGAUGGACUACAACGGUAAGUUUUUAGAGGUCGGUGAUUCCUUGUGCUCGAGAGAGUACGCCAUAGAUGCUCAGGGCACCUCAUUCAAGGUGUGUCGGGUCGUGAAAGACCCCAACAAGCUCAGGCUCACUGGCGACAAAUCGACUGUGGUCAUCUCGCGUGUUGACAACUCGGCCGUACCGGAUUUGGGUAGCCCAUCAGCGGGGUGCAAAACAGUAAUUGAAGGCUCAACUGUAAAGACUGGAGGGGAAGGCGAGUUCUUUACGGAGCUUGCGCGUUAA